GGGGGAUGGUCAUGGACUCAUGGCGGUGCUGUUGUAGGGCGUUCAAUAAACAAAUGUGGAUUCGAAUUUAUAUGUAGACAAGCGUUGGAUGGAGUGUACUAGCCGACGGCCUCAGGCUCGGCGAUCGAAGUGACAAGAACUCCGAGGCUUUUUCUCAGAGUCCGAAGCGAGCAAGAAGCAAUCCCGUUCCAAGUCGAUUUUUUCCCGAGCAACCCCUUCAGCACCCAGCUUCAAAGAAAAGGAAGAUGCUACUAGUCAUCAGUGAGUUGGUCGUCAAGUUCUGGACGGCCUCCAACCGAAGAAUCGCCAACAGUCUCCUGGCAAUCUGUCUGCCUCUCAUCCUCAUCCUCCUCUUCAAACUCGUCUCCAUGGCCAUCCAUCGCUAUUCGAUUAACUCUUUGCCUUUCAGGAAUUUACGUGGAAAGACUAUCAUCAUCUUCGCCCCCUCGAUGGACAAGAUCGGACUAGAGCUGAUCGAAGAGCUUUCGAAGCGAGGAGCCCAACUGUUGAUAGCCCUACCGAGUCCAGUGACCGACCCAACGAGCCUCCAGCUAGUACUACUCCUGCGACAGGGAGGCAAUGAGGAGAUAUUCUUGGAGAGAUGUGAGCUUGAUUCGGCCGAGGACACGCUCCGGUUUGCGCGUCAAUGGCUCGAGGCCAGUCGACUACCCACCCACUCCACCCGGCUCGAUUCUCUAGUCUUCCUAUCUACUCCCCCGCAAAAAUCCAAGAGCAACUCCACCGAGCAGAGCUUCUUACUGCUCAACAUCCUCUUGCCCUAUCUGAUCACUCAACUCGAAACCGGCCCGCCGAUCAGGGCCAUCCAUCUCGACCCCACCCCCUCUCAGGCCUCCCUCCUCCGCUCCUUCCAGCUCCAUCUGGCCCCCAACCCUCCGCUCAUCCUCGUCCCCUCUCCGCCCUCCUCGGCUGAUGCUCUGUGGGCUAUCCUCGCUCCGCUCCCUAACAUCUCCCCCGGACUCUUCCAUCUCCGUCGCAAACCUAGAACCUGGCAAGCUCCCCCUGAUCCCGUGCAAUUCCUUAAUCAACGCCAAGCCGUCGAGGCUUUCAUUCGUGCUUCAAUCGAUAACAAAUCGAAAUCUAAAUAAUCAUUUUCGCAUUUUGUUUUUUGUUUUGUUUUGUUGUCGUCAACCAUAUUGGGCAAUCGUUGUACUUGAGAAUGAAAGAUUUAUUUGCCAA